AUGGCGGGCCGACGACUUCCGGAGUUGCAUCCGUGCUUACUUAGACGAUCGAGUCCGGGAGGCGAUGGCAAAGCAACUGGCGAGAAGGCGAAGGCUGGAGCCCAGAUGCCGGUGCUGAGGCCUUCGCGCUCCGAUGGCAAUUUGGGUAAAGAGGCACAGAUCCGAUCGGGCAAGCAGAGGCGGAACAGUGGAAACGCUGCUUCUCCCUUGCUCCCAGGCUCCGAGAAGGCAUCCAGAUCACCGUCGCCAGCUCCAAGAAGGCGUGCCCGCAGUCGCGGCGAGGUGGCCCUGGUGGAAGAGGUUCCUGGAUUGCAGGAAGCCUUUCGGAAGAUCUGCGGCAGCCGCGGGGAAGCUAGCAUGGAUUCACGUCAGUUCGACAAGUUUUGUCGGGAGGCGGGCUACAUGGAUAGCAAGUUUACGACUGCAGAUGCCGAUUUGUUGUUCACCACUGUGACGGGACGCGGCUUGCGGCGCCUGGGUGCCCUUCACUUUCAAUCCGCCUUGAGGCUGUUGGCGGAACGAAAGCGUUUGCCCAUGGAUCAGGUUUGUGCCAAGGUGAGACGACUCGCUGAGGCGGAGGAGCGGUCGCGUCCACCUGUGGCGGCUGUGCCACCGGGCAACGACUCGGCCAUGGUGCCCUGGAACGAGGAGGUAAACUGUCGUGGAAGGUCCUCUCGCGGUGUACGCAGCUCCUCCGAACCAGCUCCCCGGGGUUGGUUUUAUCCUCUGGACAACGGUUGCUGUUUGAAGCGGAACCAUACUGAUGGCGUGGAUGGAGCCGAGUCAGAGUUGCUGAUGGAUAGCUUCGUCUCCUUCUGCUGGGGCAAACCAGACAUGAGCAACCGCGACUUCCUUCGCCUCUGCCGCGAUUGCCAUUUGCUGAGCAACAGGUUCACCGCUUUGGACGCGGAUCUCCUUUUCACCAAGGUGGGCCAGUGGGCAGUGCCUCUGAAAGCCUGA